AUGGCCACUCUCCGCAACCUCUCCAAAUCUGGCGCUGUCGUACUCUUCACGCCCGUCAUAACCCCAGCCAGCGCAGCUAAAUCAUCCAAUAAAACCACCACCGUCGACCCCUUUGAGAUUCUCGGUCGCGCAUUGAGCACCCACCACACACGCAUCCGCCACGUUCCCUAUGUGCCGACCAUCGGUUUCACAGAGACCCACGACGCCUUCCUCAGCCAAGCCGAUGCUGUGAUUGUGGUGAUUUGCGAGCCACUGCAGUCCAAGGAGAAAGGACUCCAGGACCAGGUCAACUUCGCGGAGGCUGCUCAUGAGGCUAUGGGGUACUUUGAGGGCGCCGACAAUGAUCCGAUGGCUGUGGUGCAGUGUGGUGAUCCGGACGGGAAGUGGUGGCCGGAAAGUAUUGCUGAGUUCGAGGUGCUUCUCAAGUGUGGCUCUUUGGACGCUACGAUGGCGCAGCAUAUCGCUCGCAAAAUCUUUGGCUUGAAGAAGUGA